AUGGGCUUCAUGGGGGCGAAGCUGUUCCCGUCGUGCGAGAGCAUGUGCGUCUGCUGCCCGGCGCUGCGCCCAAGCUCGCGCCGCCCCGUCAAGCGGUACAAGAAGCUGCUCGCUGAGAUAUUUCCCAAGACGCCUGAGGGUCCCCCAAACGAGAGGAAAAUCAUGAAGUUAUGCGAGUAUGCUGCCAAGAAUCCCCUGCGCAUUCCAAAGAUUGCCAAGUUUCUGGAACAGAGGAGUCGCAAGGAACUGCGUGCUGCUCAUUUGAACUAUGUCAAGAUAAUCACUGAAGCAUACAGCAAGCUACUCUUCAUUUGUAAGGAGCAGAUGGCAUAUUUUGCCAUCAGCCUGGUGAACGUCCUUACCGACCUUCUGGAAAGCAAGCAGGAGAACAUUCAUAUCCUUGGAUGUCAAACUUUAGCAAGGUUUAUUUACAGCCAGGUAGACAACACAUAUGCACGAAAUAUUGAGAGCUUGGUCCACAAAGUGUGCACACUUUCACGGCAACAGGGAGUGGAGCAUAGUCUUCUGCGGGCAGCAAGCCUACAGUGUCUCUCAGCAAUGAUCUGGUUUAUGAAGGAACAUUCGUACAUAUUUGCUGAUUUUGAUGAGAUGGUGCAGUCGGUCUUGGAAAAUUACAGGAUGGAUGGAACUGCUGGUGGUGAUGAUGACAGGCAUGCAUCACAGCAUAACUGGGUUGAUGAAAUAGUCAGGCGUGAGGGAAGAGCUGGUUUAGGUGGAGGUAAUGAUGUAAAUUUCUGUGGUGCAACAACUACUAGACUGCGAUCAACAAGAGACUCUUCAGCACUGACCAGGGAGGAGCGUGAAUCUCCAGAAGUAUGGUCCCAUAUUUGUGUUCAGAAGCUUGCAGAACUGGCCAAAGAGAGUACAACUAUGCGGCGCAUCCUUGAUCCAAUGCUUUCUUACUUUGAUAUGAAGAAACAGUGGGCUCCUAGGCAUGGAUUAGCUUUGCUUGUCUUGUCUGAUAUGUCUUAUCUAGAGAAGAGUUCAGGCAACGAACAAUUGAUUUUGACUGUUGUCAUCCGUCAUCUGGACCACAAGAAUAUUUUGCAUUGUCCUCAGACUAAAUCUGAUAUUAUUCAGACAGCAACAUCUUUGGCACGACAGCUGCGAUCACGAGGAGUUGCUCCUGAACUUGCAGUGGCAGGUGACUUGUGCAGGCACUUGAGGAAAACGCUAGAGGCCAUGGAGUCAGCCAGUGUUGAAGAGCUGAGCUUGAAUGAGUCUCUUCAAAAUUUCCUGGAGGGCUGUCUUGUUGAAGUCGUAAGAGGAGUUAAAGAUGUGCGGCCACUUUAUGACAUGAUGGCAAUUACAUUGGAGAAUUUGCCUUCUAUUCCUGCUGUUGCUAGAGCAACUAUUGGAAGUUUGCUGAUACUUUGCCACAUAAUCUCUUUGACAUCAGUAUCUUCGGACGCUCCUAUGCAGGUGUUUCCGGAAGCACUCCUCCAGCAGAUAUUGAGAUCCAUGGUACAUCCAGAUGCAGACACUCGUGUGGGGGCGCACCACAUAUUUUCUGCUGUAAUUGUCCGAGGCCCAAGCCAUCAGAGGGGUGAUUCAGAGUACCUAUUUGCAACAAAGAAGUGUCAAUCUCGAUCACCAUCAGUGUUUGCUUCAGCUACUGCUCUACUUGAGAAGUUAAGGAGAGAGAAAGAAUGCUUAGGUUCAGAUAAGCCUGGACAUAUGAUGCAUGAUGAUGGGAAGGAAAGGAACACCCAUGAAGAGGAUAAUAAGAAUGUUUGGGCACGAAAAAGCCCGGCUUAUUUUUCAAAGUUGGUCUUCUCUUUCGUCGAUCGAUGGGCAACACUAGCUAGUUCUGCUGAGGAAACCAAAAUCGUCCUGUUAACUGAAGAUCAAACAAAUCAAUUGCUGUCUGCAUUUUGGAUACAGGCCAAUCAGACCGAUAACACUCCUUUUAAUUAUGAGGCCAUUGGUCAUUCAUACAGCCUCACUGUUCUUUCUUCCCGCCUUAAGAAUUCAAGCAACAGUAAUAACAUUCAGUUCUUCCAGUUGCCUCUGUCCCUCCGAAGUAUUGCUUUAACUCCAAGUGGAGGCCUGCCCCCUUCUUGCCAACGGUCUAUUUUUUCCUUAGCAACGAAUAUGCUGGCUUUUGCUGGAAAAGUCUGUCAUAUUGUUGAAUUGGCAGAGUUGCUAAGGUGUUUUACCUCAUCCAACAUUGAUUCUUAUCUAAGAAUUGGUGAAGACUUGCAACUCUAUGUAAGGUUGCAAUCGGAUCUUGGCAGCUAUGGUUCUGAAAGUGAUCAAGACGUUGCUAGGUCUGUACUUUCUGAUUGCAGAAAGAAAGUGGGGAUAAAUGAUCAGCGAGUGCUUGAUGUGAUUGCCUGUGCACUUUCAAAUUUAACAGAGAUGGACAAGGAUGCACUGGCGAAGGAGCUCACAGAGAUGUUUACUCCUGAAGAAGUUCCCUUGUUUGGUUCAAAUUCAGCCCUUGACUGGGCCAACUUUCAUGCGCAGGCAUUUUCCGAUGAAUCCCUUUCUUUUGAUGAGGAGUGUUCAAGAACAUCUUCGGUAGAUGGUGGAUUGCACGACUCACCAAUUACAAAUACUGCUAGCUCCACAUCCAAGAUUACGCUUCCUCAUUCUGCUCCCCGUGUCCUGGGUGUUGGUCAGUUGCUUGAAUCGGCGCUGCAUGUAGCUGGCCAGGUUGCAGGGGCAUCCGUUUCUACCUCCCCCCUCCCAUACGGCACAAUGACCAGUCAAUGUGAGGCCCUGGGAUCGGGCACUAGGAAGAAGCUAUCAAGCUGGCUCGUGAAUGGCCACAACUCGACUCCAGACAAUCCUGUGCCAAGCCUUCCCGCUGCCGAUCAUUUCAUCCUUCCUAAGGUAAAUUCCUGUGGCUUCGAGAUGAACCGCACGUCAUCAGAGCCGUGCUCCAUGGUGAAGCUUCCACCGGCCAGCCCAUUCGACAACUUCCUCAAGGCAGCUUAUCGCACCCCGCAGGAGAUGUGA